AUUUUAUAGAGGUUCGAUAUAAGUCAUGGAUGAUCGUUCAUGGAUGUAUCGAGAUUCACCCCAAGGAUUGCGGAGGAUGGAUUAUUGUAACGGGGUUCAGGAUUUUAUUAAUUUCGCAACAUCUAUUCCCAGAAAUUUUACCGGAUGCGAUAUUAGGUGUUCAUGCAUGAAGUGUCAAAAUAAAAAGUAUCUGCAUCCAGAUGUUGUAAUGAUGCAUCUUCUACACAAAGGGUUUAUGGAGAAUUAUCAGUGUUGAUAUGCACAUGGAGAAGUAUUUGUUAGUAAGAGGAGAAUGAAAGAAACGGUGGUUGGGUAUACUUCUAGUGCUAGCAACGUGCAUGAAGCGGCAAAUGACAACACUAAUCCUUACAGAAAUAUGGUUAUGGAUGCAAUGAGAAUGAAUCAAGGUAAUGUCAGUCAAUGUCCAAUCAUAGAAGAAGAACCUAAUGCAGAUGCAGCUAGGUUUUUUGAUUUGUUGAAAGAUUCUGAUCCAUUAUGGGAUGGCUGCACGAACCACAGUAAAUUAUCGGUCGUAGCAUAGGUGUUCACCAUCAAGUCAGAUCACGGGUUGAGUGAGGCCGGGUAUGACAAGAUUAUUGAAUGGGCGAGAAGCAUUUUACCUGAAGGGAACAGGCUGAAAGAGAACUUCUAUGCUGCGAAGUCCAUGAUGAAACCCCUCGGUUUAGGAUACCAGAAAAUUGACAUGUGCCCUAACUUCUACAUGUUAUACUACCUUGAAAAUGCUGAGAUGACCGAAUGCAUGACAUGCGGGCAUUCCCGUUACAAACCCAGAACUGGCAGGGGAAAGACUCUAGUGGCAUAUAAAAAACUUAGAUACUUCCCGAUCACACCUAGACUGCAGAGGUUAUUCAUGUCACCAAGAACUGCUAAGCACAUGACAUGGCACCAGACACAUGAUGCGGUUGAUGGAGUGAUGGUGCAUCCUUCUGACGGCGAAGCGUGGAAACUCUUAAACAAUGUGCAUCCUCACUUUUCAACUAAAUCAAGGAAUGUGCGUCUUGGGUUGUGUACAGACAAAUUCAACCCAUUUAGGUCAUUUGCUGCUCCUUAUUCUUGUUGGCCGGUCAUACUCACAGUUUAUGACUUGCCACCGGGAAUGUGUAUGAGGCCGGAGUUCAUGUUUUUAUCUACUUUCAUACCCAGUCCAAGCAGCCUGGGGCGGAAUAUAGAUGUUUGUCUUCGACCGUUGAUUGAUGAGUUGGCGCAGUUGUGGUCCUCCGGAGCUCUGACUUAUGAUAUAUCGAGGAAACAAAAAAAUUUUAUGAGGGCGGCUUUGAUAUGGACUAUCAAUGAUUUUCCAGCUUAUGGAAUGCUUUCUGGUUGGAGCACGCAUGGAAAACUCGCAUGUCCAUACUAAAUGGAAAACAAGAAGGUAUUCACGCUAGCAAACAGAGGUAAAGCUUCUUUUUUUUACUGUCAUCGUUGCUUCUUGCCACUUAAUCACAGGUACAGAAAAAACAGAAAAGAUUUCUUUGUUGGCAGAGUUGAAAAAGAUGUUGCAUCCCCGCGUCUUUCUAGUGAAGAAUUGCAUGAUGUUGUAUCAGAGUACGAUGACAUUGUGUUUGGCCUUCAAUCAAGUAAGCAAAAGUUUCCUGGGUUUGGUUUGACCUAUAAUUGGGUAAAGCGAAGUAUCUUUUGGGAGCUUCCUUAUUGGAAGACCAAUCUGCUCCGCCAUAACCUUGACGUCAUGCACAUCGAAAAGAACAUGUUUGAGAACAUUUUCAACACCGUCAUGGAUGUGAAAGGGAAGACAAAGGACAAUAUCAAGGCUAGAAUGGAUAUAGCUUUAUAUUGUAACCGUAAAAAUAUGGAGUUAAUUUAUGGUGAGUCACGGGUCGUAAAAUCAAGAGCAAGCUUCAUGUUAGAGAAAAAAGCACAACUACUAGUCUACAAAUGGCUUAAGAGGCGGCGUUUUCCGGAUGGACAUGCAUCGAACAUAUCAAGGCUGGUUAAUGUAGAGGACUGCAGAUUGUAUGGAAUGAAGAGUCAUGACUGCCACGUGUUUAUGCAAACACUCAUCCCAUUAGCUUUUCGUGAUUUGUUGCAAAAGGGAAUAUGGGAUGCACUCACGAAGAUCAAUCAUUUCUUCAGAGAUAUAUGCUCCAGCAAGUUGAAUAUUGAGCACAUUGAGAGGCUUCAAACGAAUAUCGUCGAGACAUUAUGCAAACUUGAGAUGAUAUUCCCUCCAUCAUUUUUUGACUCAAUGGAGCAUCUCCCUAUACAUCUACCGUUCGAGACAAAACCUGGAGGACCGGUCCAAUAUAGAUGGAUGUACCCAUUCGAACGGUACUUGUUUAAUCUCAAGAAAAAGGUUAAGAACAAGGCGCAUGUUGAGGCUUCGAUAUGUGAGGCCUAUAUUGUUGAGGAGAUCUCAACAUUUAUCUCGUACUAUUUCGAACCUCAUCUGAGAACGAGAAUCAAUCGCGUUCCACGGCAUGAUGAUGGCGGUGAAGUGCCUUCCAAUGGGAACUUGUCAAUAUUCUCCAAUACUGGACGACCCACACCUAAAAAUGCCGUAAGAAGAAGAUAUUUGUUGGAAAUAGAGUUCAAACAAGCACACAACUAUGUUCUAUUUAACUGUAAUGAGCUAAGACCAUUUAUUCAGCAACAUCGACAAUAUUUGCUCUUCAAUAACUACAGCUGAUCGAAUCCCAGAUCUUUCAAUUACAAGAUGAACAGUUUGCCACGUGGUUCAGAACACAUGUAAGCACUAUCACAAACUCAUUCUAACUUGCAAAAUUAUUGUAUGUAUGCAUGUCAUUACGAGAUUCUUGUUCAUUUACUGUUUAUUGAUGUACAUUACAUACAAGGUUUAUCAAAAGGGAAGGAGUGCGCCUAAGUCAUUGUCUUCACUAAGCCUGGGGCCUGAAAGAAAAUGUAAGUGUUAUAACGGGUAUUUUGUCAAUGGAUAUAUUUUUCAUACUGAAGAAUACAGGCAAGAAAGAAAGACAUACAACAGCGGUGUUUGUGUUAAGGGAUCCACUAGUAGUGAGUUAGAAGUUGACUACUAUGGUAGAUUAGAAGAGGUCGUCGAACUGCAAUAUCAUAACGAGCAGAAUAGAGUGUUUUUAUUCAAAUGCUAUUGGUAUGACAUGACUGACAGAGGAAUCAGAGUUGAUCCGCAUUAUGGUCUGGUCGAAAUCAACUCAAAAGCUAGACUCCGCAACAUAAACGAUGUCUUUGUUUUCGCAAAACAAUGUCAACAAGUUUAUUACACAUACACCCCUUCAUUUAGAAAGGAUCGAUCAAGAGUGGAUUGGUUGUCCGUUUUAAAAACGAAACCCCGGGGUCGUGUCGAGGUUGUUCAAGAUGAGAACGAAGACACAAGUGUGCGAGAUGAAGUCUUUCAAGUUAGUGAGUUGGUUGAACCAUAUCGUGUUGUGCCUUCGAUUGAAUUGGAAGAAAAUUCAAAUUUUCGUGUUUUCGAUGAUAGUCUUGUUGAUGUUGACGCAUAGGAGUUGAAUUUUGUUUUGAGCUCUAGCGGACAAGCAAAUGUCGAUGAAGAAGAUGAUAUCCAUAUUGAAGAUUACGAUGAAGGUGAUGACAAUUCAAUUGAUGACGAAGAAGAAGAAAAUUCUGACUAACUACCAAAAAGAAGCCCUGUGUAAAACCCUUUUUUAUGGAUGGAUGAUAUAUUUUGUAACACGAAAUAUUUACUACUUGAAAUAA